AUGAGGGGGCUCGCAGCUCUUGCAUUGGCGCUGGGUAGUGCACUGGCAGUUGCUUGGAAAUGGAAGAGAGGUCUUCUGCAGCGAAAGCGCCUGCGAGUGGUUGGCGUGAUUCCAGCCAGAUACCAGUCGGUGCGCUUUCCUGGGAAGCCCUUGGUGAGCAUCCUGGGCAAGCCAAUGGUGGUGCGCACCUGGGAGCAAGCCAGCAAGGCUACCACCCUGCAAAAGGUUGUGGUGGCCACUGACGACGAGCGCAUUGCCAGUGCGUGCCGUGACGCCGGCGCAGAAGUAGUCAUGACCAGCAGCGAGUGCCCCAAUGGUACAGUGCGGUGUCAUGAGGCGGUGACCAAGCUGCUUGGAGAGUACGAUAUUGUCAUAAACAUCCAGGGAGAUGAGCCGCUGAUUGAACCCCAAAUAAUCGACGACUGCGUACGGGCACUUCAGAACUCCCCAACGUCCGUAUACAGCACUGCCUGCACUCCGCUGGAGCAUGAGCAUGUGGAGCAUCGGACCCGUGUCAAGUGCAUCGUGGAUUGUGACGGCCAUGCAAUGUACUUUUCGCGAGGCAUGCUGCCGGCUAACAAGGAUGGCGUAGUCAGACCCUUCCCGGCCCCCUUCCAGCACCAGCCCUACUUGCUGCACCUGGGCCUCGCCUGCUUUGACCGCGCUUUCCUGGCACAGUACUGCCGCAUGCCCCCCACGCCCCUCAUGCUGAUGGAGGAUCUGGAGCAGCUCAAAGUGCUGGAGAACGGCUACAAGAUCAAAGUCAUUGUGGUGGACCACAAGGCGCAUGGUGUGGACGAGCCGGAGGAUGUUGCUGUCAUAGAGCAGAAGAUGCGUGAGCUUGGACUGAGUUGA